AUGCGGUUCGCCCUCGUCUCAGCCCUCGCCCUCCCCGUGCUCGCCUCCGCCCAUGGUCGCGCUGGCGUCCGACACCAUGUCGUUCGCGAUGGCACGGUCACUUCCUCGGCCAGCAGUACUGCGUCUGCGCCUGCAUCCGCGUCUGCUUCUGCCUCGGCCGCGUCGUCUGCAGUGUCUUCUGCUGCUGCGUCGUCUGCGGCCUCUUCUGCGGCCUCCUCUGGCUCUGCUGUGGUCUCUGGCAGCGCUUCUGUCGCUGCCACGGGCCCCGCCAUGGGCACGAUCACCUUCACGUUGGCGUCUACCAACCCGACGGCCGUCCCCUAUUCGUCCAUCACGUUCAACGCGCCGACGCAGACCACCCACGCUCAGACGACCACAUACUCCGCCGGCAGCGUGCCUAGCAAUAUUCCGAACGCCCCAGGGAUCCCGAACUGGGCCGCUUUGAAUCCGAAGGAUUACCCAACGCUCGACAAGACGCCGCCUCUUGAUUCUGACGAGGUCAAGCAGUGGAUCCAGGAGGUGGCGAACUCGGGGGUGCCCAUUCCUGAUUUCGGCCCCACCAACCUCGGAGGUUGUGCUAACAACACUGCGGCUGCGGCGAACGCCAGCCGAUGCUGGUGGACGUGUGGCGGAUGCGAGCGUGACUACGACGUCACGACUUGCCCGACGAAGAACAACUGGGGUUUGACGUACGACGACGGCCCGUCUCAGUACACAACCGACUUGCUCGCAUAUCUCGACCAGCAGGACAUCAGGGGGACGUUCUACGUCGUCGGCUCUCGUGCCAUCUCUCGCCCCGCUUUGCUGCAGGCCGAGUACAUUCAGGGUCACCAGAUCGCUGUGCACACUUGGAGUCACCCGUACAUGACGACGAAGUCCAACGAGGAGAUCAUCGCUGAACUUGGCUGGACGAAGAAGAUCAUCAAGGACGCUCUUGGUGUGACGCCGCUCUACUGGCGUCCUCCGUACGGCGACAUUGACGAUCGUGUUCGUGCAAUUGGCAUGGCCAUGAACUUAUACCCGGUCAUGUGGACGCGUAUCAGCUCUACUCAGACCUUUGACACUCUUGACUACGACCUUGCUGGCGGUCAAGCUACCCCCGUGGAGGUGUUGGACUCUUGGGACGCGAUCAUGAACAACGCGUCGCAGAUUGACACCGGUUUCAUUGUCCUCGAACAUGAUCUCUUCCAGCAGACCGUCGACAUCGCAGUCGGUUAUAUCCUCCCUGAGGCACUCGCGCGCCAACCGAAAUACAACAUCACUCCCGUUAUCACGUGCCAGGAGAUGCCCAUGUCGAACGCGUACUUCGAGACCAACGACAACUCUACCAACACGCUCCCAGCCGGUGAGUACCGUUGA